UCUGCGUUGAGCAGCAGCGGCGGUAUCACCCGGACAUUACACCGUAAAUCACUGCACCCCCACCGCUGGAAGACAGCUUUUCCACUAUGGGCGACAAGAAAAGCCCAACCAGGCCAAAAAGACACGCCAAGCCCUCGGCUGACGACGGAUUUUGGGACUGUAGCGUCUGCACCUUCAAAAAUAGUGCCGAGGCGUUUAAGUGCAGUAUGUGUGAUGUACGUAAAGGCACAUCCACGAGGAAGCCGCGGAUCAACUCUCAGCUGGUGGCGCAGCAGGUGGCCCAGCAGUUCGCCACUCCGCCGCCGCCGGCCAAGAAGGAGCGGAGAGAGCGCUCGGAGCGUGACCGCCACGACCUGGACCUGCCCGACGACGACGAGCACCUGGACACGGACCACUCCGACUCCGACCGCCUCAGCGGCCACCCCGACAGCGACACCGGCGCAGAGCGACCGCAUAGCACAGACGAGCACCACGCAGAGCGACAACGCCGCCUGGACACUCUGCCUUUAGACCGCCAGACUCUGGGUUUGGACCGCGAGCGCCAGACUCUGGGGCUGAACCGCGAGCGUGAGACUCUGGGUUUGGAGCGGGAGCGCGAGACUCUGGGUUUGGACCGCGAGCGUGAGACUCUGGGUUUGGAGCGGGAGCGCGAGACUCUGGGUUUGGACCGGGAGGUGGGCAGGGAGGUGGGCAGGGAGUUGGGCAAGGAGCUGGGCCGGGAGGUGGGUCGGGGCCGCGGGGAGAUGGACCGAGUGCUGGGUGAGAGGGUCUGGCCCGACCGCAAGAGCCCCGUGCCUGCAGGACUGGACAAGGUGCGGCCCAUCAAGGCCCACACGCUGCACCAGCAGCACCAGCAGUUCCCAGAGCACCGCAGCACGGUCGGGUCCAACAAGGCCCACACGCUGCAGCACCAGCAGCACCAGCAGCACCAGCAGCACCAGCACCCGCAGCACCCAGAGCACCGCAGCGCAGCCGGAGCAGAGCCAGAGAGCACAGGUCCCGUCAGAGACCCGCUCAAGAAGGACAAGGUCGAGGACAAGGUCGAGAAGGUCAAGGUCGAGAGGGACAAGGUCGAGAGGGACAAGGCGGAGAACGAGCCAGACAAGCACAGCAGCGCAGCCAAGGGAGGCCCAGUGCCCAUCAAGAAGCCCAUGGCCAAAAAACCCAAACCCCGGUUAAGUCAUAAAGGGCUACCGAGUGAGAAGAACAGUGUGAAAUCAGGGAAGUCAACGGCAAAGAACAACAACCGCCUCCUCUCCCGACCCAGACUGAAGAACGUUGACCGCAGCAGCGCGCAGCAGCUGGCCAUCACCGUGGGCAACGUGACGGUGAUCAUCACGGACUUCAAGGAGAAGACGCCGCGCUCCUCGUCCACCUCCUCGUCCGCGGUCCCGUCCAGCGUGGGCUCCGACCAGCAGCAGCACACCAACACGUCCGGCUCCGAGAGCAACGACCGCUCGUCCUCCCGUGCCUCCACGCCCCGCGGAGAACUCGCCGCCAGGCAGCCCGACGCGCUCUGAGCAGGGCGGAGCCUCACGCCGGCCCCCCGCCUGCAGUAGCCCUCGCUGACCACAGCUGACCACGGCCCCCCCCAGCUGACCACGCCCCCCCCCAGGACGGAGCGUAAGGAGUGGAAGGCGGCGGACGCCGGUUCUGUGAUGACAUUCCAGCUCUGUCUUCGCCGCGCUCCCCUUGUGCGGAGGCCAUCUUGUCUUCGCCGCGCUCCCCUUGUGCGGCGGCCAUCUUGUGUGAGGCGAGAGAAGGAUGACUGCUGCGGCGGCCAUCUUGUGUGAGCGAGAGAAGGAUGACUGUGCGCUGACGCCUCAUCCUCGCCAAUUGUGUUCGUUACUUGCUGUGGCUUUCCGUUUUCCUGGAGCGCGCGGAGUGACUGGACGAGGGACUCUGCCAGUCUGAUCAGUGUGUGAGCUGGUUUUGUCGUCGUGUGUGUGUGUGUGUGUGUGUGUGUGUGUGUGUGUGUGUGUGUGUGUGUGUGUGUGUGUGUGUGUGUGUGUGUGGCGCAGUGCAACUCAACAUGUCCGCCGGGUCCAUCAGGGAGUGUGUGAGCUCUCCGUCAUCUCAUCCUACAACUCAUUUGGUCCCAAUAGCAAAGGCCACCCAUGUACACACGACCGCCCCGAACUGUCCUGCUCUACAGCAGGAGGGCCCAAAGGUCUCUGAUUUAAUUCACUCUAAUGUGACGUGUAUUUGCUCAGAAUGAAAUGUAUAUUAUUGCUAUCUGUGCAUCUUAUUGUGUUUAUUAUUAUUAUUUUUAUUUUUAAACAAGGACGAAUUAUUUUAUUUUAGCAUCAAUACAGUGUUGCCCUUGGUAUGAAAGACAAUAGCAUUUUCUCCUAAAUAUAUUGAAAUCAUGACAUUCUGUGUAUUUUGCAGCUGUUAUUUAUUGAAUGAUGAAAGAAACCAUAUAUAUAAAUAUAUAUAAAUAUAUACACUCACUAGUUGUCUUUUAAAAUAACAAUGGACUUUUGAAAUAAAGAAUGCAUCAUGCGGAGUUACCUUAUGUGGUUCUGGGUCAGUUUGUGAAUCUUUUCCUGCAUAUUGAAGACAAACAUUUUUUUGUCUUCAACUAUCUUGAUACAAACUUUUAUUGUCUCCAACUAUCUUGAUGUCAUUCUGUAUUUGCUAAGUGACAUUAUACCGUGUAAGCAACUCAGACGUAAUGUGUUUAUGUUGUUAGGAGUUGGUAAACAUCACACCUCAAUAGCAAACACAGUUGCAUAAUCUUUUUGAUAUCAUUGAAUGAAGGCCUUUUGAUAUCAAUCCUUAAAAGUAAUUUUCUACUUCAAAUGUUGGAUGUUGCACUUAAAAGAAUUGCCCUAAUUGUUUCACAACUGUGGGAAAAUGGUACACAUAUUAAAUGAUCCAUUGGACAGGACAGAGGAUACUAUGGGCAACGCCAUGCUUCUCCUGAUUGGCUAUGGUUUGUGUAGGACAUGGAGACGACGUCAUUGGUCAGCUCCAGGAUGCGGAUGCGUUCUCAUUGGUCAGCUCCAGGAUGCGGAUGCGUUGUCAUGUGAGCGCUGGACUUUGGGAAGUGUGCAGUACUCAGCAUGUACAGCUUUGUGUGCUUCACACCUGAAUCAGUCAUGUUCAUGUGGUCGUGAGCAGCAGUUGAUGUCUUUCUAACACACAAGCCAUUCUGUUCCUCGGUUUGGAGCAGUAACCUUAAUUUACUAUGUA